AUGACUAUCAACCCUACCUACCUCGCCCAGCGGACGCGUUCCUCCGUCAACUGGAACGAUACGAAGUUCCGAGUCCUCAAGUCCUACCGAGAGUGGCUGCGUGCGUCCCCUGAGAUCCAGACCAUGUACUCCUUGAACAUGCCCGUAUCCGCCAUCCGUACCAAGAUCCGUCAGGAAUUCGAGAAGCACCGCUAUGUUAGCCAAAUGAGCGUCAUCGAUGUGCUGCUUUACCAGAGCCACGCUGAGUUCCAGUUGUCUCAUGUCAUGAAGUACUUCCGCCCCGAAGAAGACCCCGGUGCCCGACUACCCCGCAACUUUGUAUCGGGCUUCUUGGAAGGCCGCAAUUGA